AUCAGCAAGUGGUUUCGACAUUUAUGAUUUUGUGUAUUGUAUCAGAAAACGGCCGUUACAUCUUCUAAAAUCCGACAUGGAAGUGGAGAGUGUUUUAGUCACUGGAGCUAAUCGUGGUAUUGGUCUGGAGUUUGUGAAGCAACUGGUGAAAUUGCCUAAGCCCCCAAGAUUUAUUUUCGCCACCUUCAGAAAUGAAAGCACAGCAAAGGCUCUGCAAGAAAUCCAAGACGAAGCAAAACAGACAGAAGUGGUCCUAAUCAAGAUGGAUGUUACAGAAGCAGAAGAUAUUGAUAAAGCGCAGAAGCUUAUCGAAGAGAAAGUCGGAGACAGCGGCCUCAAUCUCUUAAUAAACAACGCUGGUGUUCUUAGAUAUCAAAAUUUCUUCGACAUAACAGAAGAAGAUAUGCUGUUCCACUUCAGGAAUAAUGCUAUUGCACCUGUCAUGGUUUUGAAGAAAAUGUUUCCUCUGCUUCAGAAGGCUGCUGCACGAAAAAUGGGAGGGAUGAGCGUCUCUAGAGCGGCAGUUCUCAACAUUGCCGCUUUUCUCGGCUCAGUCACUGAACUGACAGAAACAUAUCCUGAAAAAUGGCUGACAGUAAUGAGUUACAGAACCAGUAAGGCGGCCUUGAACAUGGCCAUGCGGGUGGUUGCUCUCACAGUGAAAGACCAGGGUGUCCUAGUAGUGAAUAUGUGUCCUGGCUGGGUGAAGACGGACAUGGGAACGGAAAAUGGCCUAUUAGAGAUUACGGACAGUGUCUCCUCCAUGAUGGAGACUCUUGCACGACUCGACGAAUCUCAUCAAGGAGUUUUUGUGAACAGAAAAGGAAAAACAAUUCCGUUCUGAAAUCUACCUGAGAAAAUUCCACUUGUAGUAUCCGAAUUGUAGUUUUUAUUACUUAAUAAACAUUCAGGAAAUCUAAUUAAA